CCCAACUUCUAGCCGCCACAGGGGACGGGACUUUCGCUAGUAUUAAGAGGGCUCAUAUUCUGCUUACUCGCAGAUUACCAUUUGUUCUUUUUGUUCUACUUUGUGUUGCGCAGUAACAUAAUCCGUCGUUGUGCAGCUUCUAUCUCCCUUCUCAUUGGUGUCGCGGCAAAGACGUCGAGACGAGCUCCGGUGUUCAUUCUUGCUGGUCAAACAGGAUCUCUAGGUGCCGUACUUGUACGACCUCAAAAGUGACCUGCCCACCCUGCCCUGCAUUUCUUCAGCAUUGAAUAUCGAACCAGGCCUGCUCACCAGCGUCAUCACCACAUGUUUUUACGCCGCUUCUUGUGUGGCUGAUCCAUUUGACGCUUUCUCUUCUGCGAUUCGUGUUCUCUUCUCGCCCACUCCUCCGUCCUGCAGCCCACUGGGCACACUUCACACUCCAUCGGGACAAUGUACCAUGGCAAUACCCGCUUCUAACCUCAAGUCCUAUAGUUCUCACUACCCCAAAUUUGACGCUCAAUCACUUAAUGGGCUCGCAAUCUGAAACGAAUACACAAGCUCUCAACCUCUGAGUACGGACAUGGGAAUGCAACAGUACAUAAACAGAAUCCACGCAGAUGAUGUGCGAUUUACAUCGGAACCCGGUACAUCUCACAGCCCUGUAUAUUCACUUGAGCCUGCAGUACAGAAUACAAACCCAGCAUCGACGUUAGCAUUUGCACCUUACAAUCAAAUCUAUCAACCGCCCCUGAACGGAUCCACGUACGCAAGUGGGGGCACCUAUCACUUUCCUCAGAAUAGCUCUCUUUUUUCUAUGCCUGAUAUUAAGCCACGACUAAGCUCGUUCACAACCUCAGGGCUAGCACCUAUAUCCCGCUCCCCAGCGUUGCCCCAUCCAUCAACACCAAUAAAUACCCGAGAUCUAUAUUCCGGAACACAACCCCUCCUGCGCCGGGGGUCCGAUUUUCUGAGAUCUCCGUCUCUUUCGCACAGCGUGAGAGGCGUGCCACUAUCACCAUCGUCGACCAGCGGCUUCACAAGUCCCAUCUCCAAUAUGGACGGCUCUCUCGGCGGAGCACCAUGUCCCCCUCUAUACCCCACGGAGGUCUCGUACUCCCUCCAGACGUCUGACGGGCAAAUUAUCAAGCCUGAGAUUUUUGGCAAGAUCGAUAAAGGCUUCUUCAUGGCCGACAAUGACUGGACUUGCUAUCGAAGGAAUUACUUUUCUCUCAAUUGCUCGUACACCCUUACACCCACCAUCCCAAAUGGGACCAUGUAUCUUGUGCAACAUAACGGGCCUGGACCUCAAGUUAAUGGCUUUGCCAUGUCCAUAGCAGCAGUCGUGGAUGGCCGAGAUGGUAAAUCUAUUGAGCUCGUCCAACAUACCCCCAAACGCGACAAAGGGCCUCAAGAAAAGCCCGCUCGCAUAGCCCUCGCCCCACGUCCGCCGGCCUCCCAUGGUAUGUAUGGUGAUUCUUCGAUGAGCUCCCGGGCCGGAAUUUACGACUCCCCAGGCUUCGCUCAGAAUCCAAACCAGCCCGCCGUAGAAGCAACCUUCGAACGUAUCCAGUUCAAAAAUGCCACAGCCAACAAUGGAAAGCGGAGAGCAGCACAGCAGUAUUACCACUUGCUCGUCGAAUUAUUCGCAGAUGUCGGAUCUCAACAUCCAGACCGUUGGGUCAAGAUCGCCUCUCGGAUGUCCGCGCCGAUGGUGGUCCGCGGACGUUCGCCAGGCCACUACCAAGGCGAGCGAAGAGGAAGCAACAGCAGUGCCGGCCCGGGAGGCUCCGCUGGUCAAGGAGGCGGCUCGUACACUCCGUCCGGCUCAUCAUCCCGAACACCAGGAGAUAUGAGCAUGGGAGGUAAUUCCAUGCUUUCUAGCUCCGGGUACAGCUACGACAGUCGUGGUGGGGGCCACUACCGCUCCGGAAUCCCCCCUCUGCAAAUUCCACAAGAGCCCAUUCUUUCUCAUGACGAAGGUAAGGGCAUCACUGAUACACCUUUCUACACUUACUACCCAGCCGUCAUCUACGAGGGCCACGAGGAUAAGUACACCCUUCCUAGCGUGAGUCAGUACACGAACAGCAAGGUCAAGCACGAGUAUGGCAGCGGCUAUGUCUUGCCGAGUCUGUCGAGUACGUCUGAUCCGCUUACAUAUGGAAGGCAAUGCGGACGCUGGGAUGCGGUGAGUGGGAGUCGGGGAUAUUAUCCGACGGAAGUGCUGCAGCAGGAGCUGAACAUGAGUGUUUGAAGGAACGGGGAGGGUGGUCAACUUACUUUUGGAGGCUGUGUUAUCUUUUGAAUGCGCUGGCGAGGUAUCAAGGGGGAAGACAAAGGAGGAGGAGGGGGGUCAAAAGAGAAAAUAUGAGAGGAACAGUGCGAGAACUGGAGCUGCCCUCGGCAUGCUUGGAACCACAGAAGCGUCCUACAACAUGGCCGAAGUGGCACUUUCAACGGCACUUAUGCCCUGAUGAAAUCAGCGCGCCAUUUCUUUUAGCUGUUCCAGGAAACGACAUCGUUUUUUCACAUAUACUUCGCGCCAUCAGCGAAUUCAUUCUCGGAAUUAAGGGUUAUGCUGGCAUACAUUCACAGUCAUCUACGGACUGGGCGUACGGAAUAGGUAGGAAACAAUAUACCUCGGAACUGGGAUUGGGAAUGACGGCGCGAGAAAACAGGAUCGGGAAUUUGGAUUGGAUCGGAUGGGAUUGGCGUAACGGAUGGCAUGGUAUGAAACCAAAGAUACCCACGGCAUUUGAACUUGGCAUGAAUGGAUUGAACCAGCUCAUGAGUGGGCUAGUACGGGGAACCCGGGCAAGAAAGAAUGGAAUGGAAAAUACGGAGCAAAGCUGGCGUGGGUUUAUCAUCCACGAUAGGCUGUAAAUUGGGGUUCGGGUUAGGAUUUGGUGCAGGAUUUUGGGUUUGCAAAAAGCGCUGUUUCUCUAUUGCUACUUCUGUGACACUUUUCGUUCUUGUUUACAUUCAUUGUCAGAGAACCUUCUUGUUUGAUUUUUUUUCAUGUUAAUUUAUUCUUUCCGAUUGUGCGCACCUGAUUCUUCUCCGGUUUGUCUUUUUUUAAUCGACAAAGGGUCCAUCGCCUUAGGUCGAAAUGAUGGACGGAUGGAUGAGAGAUCUUUCUACCAUGGCAAUUCGCCUGCUUCAACGAAGAUUGCAUUGUGUUUUGUUGUUGAUGCGAGCGAGCGAGCGUGUUUCAUCUAUCUAUCUAGAUACUGUCUGGCUGGCUGUCAGUUAGUCAGCAGUCGAGAGACGGGGGAAAUUGAGUUGGGAGGGAGACGAAGGUGAUUGUCCACUUGUGGAGAAGUGAAUAUGAGAAGAGAAGAGGCAGGAAGAGGAAGAACAGAAUGAAAAUUCGGUGUGUGGGUAACGUAGGGAAAAGAAAAUAUGUAGAGAUUGGAAUUGGGGAGCGGAGGAUAACGACACGAUAGGUGGUAGUUAGUCGAAUUCAAUAGGCGGUUCUCUCUAAC